AUGGCAGAAAGUCUUGGAGCCAAAUUAGAGAAAUACACCCACGAAAAUAUCUUUUUACACAAAUACUGCAUUCUCAAGAAGAAAUGCGAUGUUCUACAACAGUCAAAUGAAAGGAUUGUGAAUCGUAUCCAACAUGUAAAGAAACUAAUCAAGCGUUUUAAGAAAGAAAGAAGGUUCCUGUUGAGUAAGUUGGAUGAGCAUGGGGACAAUUACCGUGACACACCCGUUCCUGUCAUGUGGGAGGAGGAUCAAAUUUAUCACUUGAACCGGCGCACACACAGAAGUCCCCUGAAUGAUAGUGAGGAGGGUGCAGCAACCACUUCCAAAUCAACUUUGGCCUACAGCAGCUUGUUGGAUAUGACAGGAGAAGGCCCUUUAUCGUCAGCUAUGGCGAAAUUACGUAAGAUGAAGGCCGAGAAGAAGGACAGCACUUGCAUUGGUGACUCUGAUGACCGUAUUCCUCGUCAAAAUGCAUUCUUGACCUUUAGGGAACAUCAAAAGGAGGUUAUUCGUGAUGAAUAUUAUCAGCAACAUUGUGAAGAAAUUCCCCACCAUGAAUUGACAAAACGGUUGACCAAUCAGUGGGAAAGUUUGACUCCCGAGAAGAAACAGGUCUAUUAUGACAUGUACGAUCCGCUAAAGGACCAAUCGUCCAAGAAGUUCCUCAAUCAAGAAACAAGUGAGGAAUUGGCUCGGAAGCAGUCUGAAGAAGCAGCUGUAGCGGCUGCCAAUAUUUUGACCGAUUCUGUUGCCAUCAAAGAGGAAAGAAUGGACACAUAA